CCUUCUUCUCCACCACCAUUCGAAUUCAUCAUUCGAAUUACAACACCAGAAUACAUGAGCUGGCACUCCUACAGCACUCAGUCGCCGUCAGAGAGUUCUUCAGAUCUCGCUCAGCCUGCCACUCCCUCUGCCUUCAGUACCGUUCAUUCGCCUACCGAGGCGUAUCAAUCUCUUCCGGGUCAUACCAACCCUCUUUGGCCACCGUUACCCCGAGUUGGGACGCCGUUCUCCUCGACUAUGUCGAAUUUAGGGCCAGCCACAUCUGGCGGUCAGACGGAUGCCGGUCUUGACACGGCGCCCUCGGCCCAGUUCGCGGCCCAGACGAUAGAUGUCAUUGAAGCUGUUCGACAGUUGCAGCGCCUGAGUCUGCCACUGAAUAAUCAUGGGUCACAGACCGGUCUACCUCAGAUUCCGAGUCAGGUCCCUCCGCUCGUUGAUCGUUCGGCCUCGUCGUUCGUGAACCACCCACCACCGCCUCCAAAUCAGGCCCCUUCACCGACGAACCAUACGAACGCGAACCAUCACUCGCACUAUGCGAAUACAUCUUCACCCGGUCGUGCAGAAACUACUCCGAUGAAUCUUACGAGCAGUGAGCCUAUCGAGAAACAUCCCGUUUAUUACUUCGUGGAUGGCAAUAUGGACUUCCAGAUCAACGGUCUCCACUACUGUGUCCAUCGGUCGGUGGUUUCUCGCUGGGCUCCCGAAUUUGUUGAGAGGGUCAUGCAGUACCGUGCGAACUUCGUCCAUGAUCUGGGCGCCGUUGGAACCUGGCCUAUCCAGAUAAAACGCCAGGCCAUCGAGACGCUAUUGUUGGCUUUGUACCCCGGACCUUCUUCUGGCCAGGUCGAAGAAACACCGUACGGUUGGUCACUCGUCCUUGAGUUCUCUCGGGCGUUCCAUUCUACCGCAAUCCAUGAUCUCGCCAUGAAGCGUUUCUCCGCCAUUGCUACGCCCGUGGAGAAGGUCACUAUCGGGACCAGGCGCAAGAUCUUGCAAUGGACAACCGAAGGCUUCAUCGCUCUCGCCGCGCGUAAAGAGCCUCUUACCGCUGCUGAAGCGGCAUACCUCAAUUUCAAUAACACUGUAUUGGUGGCCGAGAUCAGGGAGAGGAUAUUAGAGGACAGAAUUAGAACGCCGUCUGAAGGAAACAGUGAAAGGGUGGGGCAGAUUGUCAGGACUUUCUUGGUGGAGAAGAGGCUUUGGUCGUCUUCGUUCUCGCCGGAGGACGAGUCGGAGACGGUUUCGGGCUCGGAGGGCUACUAAUCAGGAAUCCUCGGAAGUAACAUUUGAGCAGCUAUUUCUUGGGCUUUUGGCAGUCUAAUACGUGUACCAUAGUCAUGAAGAUUCGACGGGAAGCGUUUUGACGCAAGCAGUUUUUUUUGGCAAUGUACUUUCAUUUC